AUGGCGCUUGAAGAUUCUUUUGACGGCGCUGCGUCGGUUCAGUUGCCAGUCAGCCCGGACGGGUCACUGGUGCAAUUGAUGCCGGCGCAAGCGAGUGUCGCAGCGUCAGCCAUCGGCCAAUCCGAUGCGCUAGAGCAUCCCAGCACCACCGCCGCUAUCGUUCAAGAAAAUGUUCAGUCAGGCACUCUCGAAGGCGUCAUGCUCUCGGGGCUGCAAUCCCCCGAACAGAAGCGAUCGUUCAGCAUCGAAACAAAGCCAAUGUCGCCUGAGAAAGCUGCAUUGGCAGCCAUGUUUGACUCGAUCAAGAUGCCACCUCCGACCUCCCCUUCCAAAUCACCACGCAAGGCUUCGGGAAGUAGCGUUCUCUCAUCUCCAUCUAAACAGGUUUCUCGCGAUAUCGCGCCGUCGCUGUUUACCAAGCCCAGCUCUCCCACCACCUCCCCUUCCAAGAUCGGAUCCACCGAUCCGGCCUCUCCUCGACCUUACAAUCGUGACUCUCCCUUGCGCCGGCCCGUCAUUAUCAGCUCCUCUUCUUCACCUGGCAAGGGGCUGCAGCUGACUGAUACUAGAACCAGCAAUGCGACGACCCCGCUUUCGCCGGCUCCGGCCUCGUCAUCCACUGCAGGUAAGCCUCCUAGAAUGCGACCUUCGAUGCUGGCUUCUUCGAGCAGCCCGAGUGCAAAGCUCUCUGAUCUCACCCUGAACCUCGACACGACGGGGACACAAGAGCUGCUCUUCAACCAGGACGCCAGCUUCCUCGUUGCUGCUGCCAACACAGCUGCAGACGUCACCAUCGAUGAUAGUUUCGACGUGUCGAGCGCCAAGGCAAGGAUCAAGUCUUCUUCUUCUGUCUCGGCCUCCGUCGGUGCUGCUGGCACAACGAGGAGAAGCUCGCCUGCCAAGUAUGGAGCAUACAAAGCCAAGCCGAGAUGCAGUAUGGUUCCGGAGGACGAUGUUCCCGAGAUCAAACCGGGCACGCCGAGUAGGAGGAGCAAUACGUUGGGUCUGAGGGGGCUCGGUAUUGGAAAGGUAAUCAAGAACGCGGCUGGUGACGACACGAUCGAGUUGAAUCUCACGGGUAGCUUUAUCGGCAACUCGAGCAUCAUUGCUGGCAACCUCAUGGAUGAAAGCGGAGAGGCGUCUUUGCUGUUCGGAAACAACUCGUUCUCCAUCUCGCAAUCGCGGUCUCCGAAAAAGGGCGCGGAGAAAGCGAACAUACAACCAAAGAGACAGCAAGCCAGACUAGGCAGCAGCGAUGACGAUGACGACGAUGAGGAGGAGGAGGAAGACUUUGAGAGGGAUACGAAGAACAUGCAGAAAUGGGCGACCGAGGCUGCACGCAAGGCGCUGGUCGGCAGACAGGUUGUGGACAAGACUCCCAGUAGAGGCUUAGCCUCCGCCAGGACUGCCAUAUCCACCGUCACUCGCCCCUCUGCCGCUCCUUCGACCGUCACAAAGCCAGUCUCGCGCAGUGCUCCACGCACUUCGCUCGUGACACCGAGAGCUGGGUCGAGGUUGCUCCAGCCUCGAGCGUCAGGCGCAGCAGCGGCGGCAGCCAAACCAGAACCAGCCCUAUCUCGCUCAGGAAGCGCCUCGAGCGGCUUGUCAUCCCAUUCAUCCUCCUCUUCACUCGCCUCCUCCGCGCAGCUCAGCAGCAUCGAUCCAGGCAGCGAAGCAAAGACUCCCAUGCGAAGCAGACGCAAGAGCACUUUCACCACCACACGCCCUCCCGUCUCCGGCCCAGCACGUCGAAGGGAAUCGCUAGCGUCCGCUGCUGUCGUGCAAGCACACCCUAUCCCGCCUGUUCCUUCCCUCGGGCCCGCAACACCGGGACGUAGUCGGACUGCGUCUACCCCGGCCACGACAGCAGGCAGCUCUCCAGGUAUGAAGACCCCAACUGCCGCUUCGAGGACCAUUCCGAAGCCACGCGCCUCGUUGACCAGUCGGAGCAGCGGUGUGCUCCCGACUCCGCGUGCUUCUGCUCCUGCGACUGCGGGCACUGCAGGUGUAGGGGCCAUCCCACGACCACGUGCGUCGCUCACCGCCUCAUCCACCACAUCCGCUUCGGCACGCUCUUCUGUCGCUUUGACUAGAACGCCCAGCGCACGCACAGCUACAGCGCGUUCUGCCUCGCUGGCCACCCCUACUGCGCGUACUGCCACCACGCGCUCCGCCGCUGUUGCCGCCAAUGCCACUCCUUUGGCCACAGGAGGUUUGCGUAAAAGCGCAUCGCAGCCGCACGGACUCGAUAACUCGAGCGUCGAUGUGGGUGAGACCCCCACUGGCGUUGCGCGGCCGAGGACGUUGGUGCCGCGUGCAAGUAUGAGCCGGAUCGGUAGUGUCGCAGCUACUCGAACGUCGGGCCUUGUGACGCCGAGAGCGACUGUGGCGACCGCGGUUGGCGGGUCUGCACGCGUCCCACCGACGACAGCCCAGGUGGAGGCGUUGUCAGAGGCGAGGGGCAACAGCGGUGUGCCUGCAGCCAAGGUCUCGGCUGUCUCUGCGUCCAAGACCGGCGGCAUACCGGUCACACGCAGGCCGUCCAUGACUGGGCGUGCGGGAUCCUCGAGCGGCGGAGGUGGGUUCGGCUUCAAACCUCGCACCUCGGCGGUGUAUAUUGGUGCCGGUACCGGCGCUACUCGAAAGCCGUCUUUGCUGCUGGACGGCGAAGACAAGGAGAAUUAG